CCUUCCCACAACGCAUUCCUCUUCUCUUCUCCUGCAUCGUGCCGUCGCUCCCUCUUCUCCCGCACAACAACGCAUUUAUCCGGAACCAUCGAGGCCGUCUCGGCGACACGAGUCGCUCGUUUUAUUGCCAGCAUCUUCACGUGUCAUGCGUUCAUCUCCUACUAUCUUCUGCCAGCUUCGAUAGACCUACGAGAAGAAUCUGGACCGGGUGACACAACGCGUUUGCGGCCCCUCGAUACACGAUAACAUCGACAUCAGCCCGCAUCAAGCAGAGGACUUCCACCAUGUUCUCGUCCAAGGCAUCGAGGCAUGCCCGUCAGAAGACUGAUAUCGCCUGCAUCUUCGUACACGCUGGAGCCGGCUAUCACAGCAAAGAGAACGAGAUACAUCACUUGCAAGCUUGCAACGAUGCGUGCACAGUGGCAAUGAAACUCAUGCAGAGCGGUGGUACCGCCGUGGACGCUGUCGAGAUUGCCAUACGCGUGCUUGAAGAUCGUGAGAUCACUAAUGCCGGGUUCGGCAGCAACCUGGGGUACGAUGGGGUGGUGGAGUGUGACUCCAUCAUGGUCGACCACUUCGGUCGGAGUGGUGCCGUAGGGGCAGUGGCUCAAAUCAGGAAUCCCAUUUCGCUGGCACGACAGGUUCUCGACCACUCCACUCAAUCCCUCUCACUGCGGCGUGUCCCCCCAAAUCUUCUGGUCGGCGAAGGUGCGAGACAGUUUGCUGAAGAGCAUAGUAUGCCGAUCAUGCCAUUCGACUUCCUCAUCUCACCGUUCGCCAGGCAUCGAUGGCAAAAGUGGCGUGCCGACCUUGACAAGGUCGAUCGGCAGAAGCGACGCGAUCCUUCGAACAGCUACAGUGCCCUCUCACACGACUCGGAUGCUACUCUGGCCAAACAACAUGAGGAAUACACGGACACUGAGAGACAACGUCAAGCACACCAGAGCAGAGAGUUGGCAUUGAUGGAGGCUUUGCACAACGAUGCCCAGCCCAUGUCACCGCCGCCUUCUGACGCUCGAGAGGAAGCAGCAGCUCCCCGUGGCAACUUUGCGGCCACCGGAGCUCCGUCCAGGAACUCGUCAGCGACAUCGAUUCCGUCGAACAAUGAAAUCGGCUCGCAUUCGACCUCGCAGAGUCACUCUCUCCAUCCGCCAGUGUCGCUACACAGUACCGGCAGCCAUCCCUAUGCGAAUACCUCGUCCAAAGUGACGCCUGCAACAUCGCCUCGCGCAAGCACUCACGAUAGGUUCGACAUGUUUGACGAGGAUCAUGACAUGUCUCAGUACACGACGUUCAGCGAUGACGAUGCUCAGGCACUACUUGCGCCAGUAGCUGAACUGGAGCUUCCACGGGCCUGCUCCUCGCACAUUGCAACUGAUAGCGACACUGCUCGACUACAAACAGAUGGACCACCAGACGAUGCUAGUACUACAGCGGCCGAGCAUUCAGGUGAGCCAAGAUCUGGCCUGUCGCAGACUCAAAGCACUCGUGCUCGUUUCAAUGAUCUAGUACAUGGUUCCUCCAAUCCCACAAAGAUCGCACUGGAAGACGACAUUGAUGUGGAGGAUAACAAACAGACCACAGGAUCUCAGUCGACUCAACAAUGGUACGCGGACCCAAAGACUGCUGGCAAUGUGCCUGGGCCGGCGCCAAACAAUGACGAAGACCACAUUACGGACACUGUGGGAGCCAUUGCUAUCGACAUGUAUGGCAAUAUCGCCUGUGGCGCCUCGUCUGGAGGUAUUGGUAUGAAACACCGUGGCCGCGUUGGUCCUGCUGCUUUGGUCGGCAUCGGAGCCACUGUCAUUCCCAUAGAAGACGAUGACGACGAGAAGACUACAGUCGCCACCGUUACUUCCGGCACUGGCGAACAGAUGUCUACCACCAUGGCCUCCUCAGUUUGCAGCGAACGCAUCUACCACAGCCACAAGAGGACGAAGAAGGGUACCUUUGAGGAGUGCAUGGAAGAGAGUGCCAUGCGAGCAUUCAUCGAGAAGGACUUCAUGGGACACCCUAGCGUGAAACAUUCCGAGUCGAAUAGUGCCAUUGGGAUGUUGAGCGUCAAGCGUACGAAAGACGGUGCAUGGUUGUACUUUGGGCACAACACUAACAGCUUCGCCCUUGCGAGCAUGCAUUCUGAUGAGAAGGUUCCCGUUUGCACCAUGAGCCGGAGCACGGGCAAUGGAAGCAUUGCGCAAGGAGGGAGACCAAUUCGUUGGCGCAGAAGUAGUGGAAAGAAGUAAGUUGGAGAGAUUGACGAGAUGAGAAAGACCUGGAGCAGGACUGCGCUAUUCUCCUGUUUGGACCUGCAUGGAACUACCUCUGAGCGGCUUUGCUUCUUUGGGGCCAAUGGUCCUAACAACGAUGGCAUGGCAAUAUAGAGAGC